CCCACAUGUGUUCAGUUUGUUUAUAACGUGUGGAGCCUUCAGGUGACCGGACACUCAACUGUCCAGAUCCAGAACCAGAACCAGAACCAGAACCAGAACCAGGACCAGAACCAGGACCAGGACCAGGACCAGGAUCCGUCCUGAAGUUCAGCUGAAGCGGAUUUACUGAGAGAGCCACAGAGAGCCAGAUCGUCAGCUGCAGCCCAGAGUGUGAUGUGACCAGCUGCUUCGACCUUCUUCCAUCUAUCUCAGUGAAGAUCAAUCAGAGAUGACAACAGUAUUUGCGGCUGCCCUGCAGGCAGCAGGAGGACUCAGGGCCAGAGGGAUGAAGUCUCUUCAGAUACUGACAGUCUGUCUCCUUCCGCUGCUGUGGCUGCAGCCUGCGGACUCCAGCAGUGCACCAGAAGCCAAAGCCUGGAGCCAAACCGGACCACGGCUGCAGCUCUCCCACUCAGAUCUGAGGAAUGGUUCGGCUGUGUUCUGGGAGGCCGGCGUCAGCGGUGGAUACCAGGCCCUGCUGUUGGACGAGGAUCAAGGAUGGCUGUUGGUCGGAGGGAAAGACCACAUUUACCUGCUGAGGCCCGACAGCUUGGAUCUGCCCACACGUACAGUCUACUGGCCAGCUGCCAGAGAACAUGUGGAGCACUGCAGGCAGGCAGGGAAAAGUUUGGAGACUGACUGUGCCAACUUUGUGCGGCUGCUGCAGCCUUUCAAUAAAACCCAUGUUUAUGCCUGUGGCACUGGAGCCUUCCAUCCACAGUGUACAUACCUGCACUUAGGACACAACACAGAGGAGCUGUCGUUCACGCUCUCUCAUACGAUGGAGUCGGGCAGAGGGAAAUGUCCCUUCAGUCCCAGGGAGCCGUUCACUGCCAGACUGACUGAUGGAGAGCUUUAUGCAGGAACUUCGGUUGACUUCAUGGGAGCCAAUGCUGCAAUCUUCCGUACGUCUGUUCAGGGCAGCAGUCAGCAUUACAUCCGGACUGAAGCCUACGAUCACAACUGGCUCAAUGAGCCGGAGUUCGUGGGUUCUUUCUCCAUCCCGGACACUCACAGUCCGGACGACGACAAGGUCUACUUCUUCUUCAAGGAGCGUGCGGUGGAGGCCGGACAGUGGGACAAGAGGGUGUACAGCCGCGUGGCUCGAGUCUGCAAGAAUGACGUAGGGGGGAAGAGGAGUCUGAUCAACCGUUGGACCACCUUCCUCAAAGCCAGGCUGGUCUGUUCUGUCCCCGGUCCGUCUGGAGUUGACACGCAGUUCGAUGAGCUCGAGGACAUCUUUGUUCUGGAGACCAAGGACCCUCAAAACCCGACCAUCUACGGAGUCUUCAGUACAUCCAGCUCUAUAUUUCGGGGUUCAGCAGUGUGCGUGUUCUCGAUGGCGUCGAUCCGUGCUGCUUUCAACGGGCCGUUUGCUCAUAAAGAAGGUCCCGACUAUCGCUGGGUGGAGUACAAGGGCCGCAUCCCAUACCCGAGACCUGGCACUUGUCCCAGUGAGACCUACGACGCUCUCCACAAGUCCACCAAGGACUUCCCGGACGAGGUGGUGAGCUUCAUGCGGCAGCACCAGCUGAUGUGGGAGCCCAUCCUGCCUCUGGGCGGCAGACCCAUCUUGACCCGGGUCAACGCGGCCUACAUGUUAAAGAGGGUCGUAGUGGACAGGGUGGACGCCGAGGACGGACCUUACGAUGUCCUACACCUGGGCACAGAUGAUGGGAAGGUGGUGAAAGCAGUGUCAGUCAUCAAAGACAACUGGGACACAGAGGAGAUCAUUCUGGAGGAGAUGACUGUCUUCCAGAGUCCCACUCCCAUCCUGAGCCUGGAGCUGUCUACCAAGAGACAACAGCUGUAUGUGUCCAGUGAGCUCGGUGUGGCCCAGCUGGGGCUCCAGAGGUGUGAGUUAUACGGGGCCGACUGCGCUGAGUGCUGUCUGGCCAGAGACCCCUACUGCUCCUGGGACGGACAGACCUGCUCCAGAUUCUUCCCCACCAGCAAGAGGCGGGCGCGGAGACAGGAUGUAAAGUACGGAGACCCCUGGAGUCAGUGCCCAAUCACAGAGGACGAUUCGGACUCUGUGGAGGUGAAGUUGGUGUAUGGCGUGGAGGGAAAUUCAACCUUCCUGGAGUGUGUUCCUCGGUCGAAGCAGGCUGAGCUCAGGUGGACGGUGCAGCACACAGAGAGCCGGCAGCAAACACUCAGUCACACACAAGAAAGCAGAGAGCUCCCUCAGAGCGAUGACCACCGCUCCCUCCACAUGAAGCAGGGGUUGCUGGUUCAACAUCUGGAGCUGGCGGACGCAGGCCUCUACACCUGCGCCAGCCACGAGCACUCCUACAGCCAGGUCCUGGCCCGAUACCGCGUUCACAUUAUCCCCAACAACAGCCUCCACCCGACGCGCCACCAGCAGAACCACAGCCCGAACAACCCAAACCCUGCGGCCCUCGGGAAGGUCACAGGGUUUCUCGGCCAGUCGGGGCCCCCUCAGUCGCCGCCUCUGCUGCCGGGACACCGGAACUCGUGGCUGCUGCCCCAACAUCCCCAGCAGCUUCCUCUGAGGAGCUUCAAAGACCUGCACAUGGUGGGGACCAACAGUCUGAGUGUGGACGAGUACUGUGAGCAGCUGUGGUACCGCGAGAAGCGUCGGCAGCAGAAGCUCCGCACCCUGAAGCUGAAACAGGAGAGCAGGAAAGCCCGGGUGAGGAGGAACAACCCUCCUGAGGUUCCCCUCUAGUCCACCUGGAGGACAGAGACUGCCUAUGGACAACAGAUCCUGUACAUGCAGGGGACAAGGAAAGGUUUCAUCAAGAACGUUUGCUUUUUGAGCAAAUAAUGCCAGCUGAUAGUGACACCAACUAUAUUUGCCAUUAAAGACUGACAGAAAUAAAAAAGGAAUAGUUUAGUAUAUCCUGAAUAUUUAGUAGAAUAUGUAUAUUAUUCACAACAUUCAUCCUCCUCAUGGCUCCAAGCUUCAGGUAAAACUGAAAAUGUUAUUUUGUCACUUAAAAUUCAGACUAGCGAGGUGGCAUCAUGUCUGAAUGAUAAAUCAGCUCUCCUCAGAAUCACAAAUGUGCCAAGUAUUGAGUGUAUAACGCAUUUAAGAAUGCAUGUUUUGUUUCUGUAUUAUCUGCCCAUCUGACCAGAAGCCAGUGGACACAUUAAAUCAUAUUUGAUUUACGUGAUGUCAGCUUAUGAACUGUCCAAGCUACCAUAUGUUGUGGCUCCUAGUUUGUUGCUUUUGCUAAAAUAAAAAAAUUUAAAUAUCCUAGUUAUCUAUCUGAACUAACUAGCUUAGCAAUCCCAAAACCUGUUUAGGCAAACUGCUCUGAGUUUAAAGGUUAUAUAUAUGAAAUUGGCCACUGGAUGACGCACUAGAGCAGCAUCUCAGACCAAAGCAAUGGGACAGAAAUGAAAUAAAACUCACCAAAAUCAACUUUCCAUAGUCUUUACAACAAUCCCCAACACUAGUUUGGUUGAAAUAAACUCUUAAUUAAAUUAGAUGUGACAGUAUUUGUAAAAAGGGAACAGUAAGCUAACUGCCCCCGUCAAAGUGCGUUGUUGUUGCCACUGACAGGCUCAGGUUGUUCUUCUACAGGGAUAGACCUUUAGUUUAACCAGAAAUAAUGUCACUAUGACUGUCCACCAGACUCCAUGGACAAAAAAGGUCAUUUUACUUCACAUAUCAUCGUAAUAUCAUAAGGUCAUUCAAAGUGGACAGAAACAGAAUAAAACUCAUUAAAACCGUCUCUGUUAGUGUUUCCAACAAUCACCUGGUGAUUCACCGACGUAGAUGAUAAAAACAGCAGUUUCAGUCGAAGGCAGGACUGGUGUGAAACCAAACCAACAGAGAGGCUGCGAUACAACACAAAGCUCCAAAAGCCCCAUAUUAAAUAUCUAACUUUACAGCAGAAAUAAACACGUUUACAGAGACUUUUGGUCUCUGUAGCUAAUUACCCCCUUCAUGACAACUGUACAGGGGGUGAACUCACCUGUUUAAAUUAGAUUAGGGUUUAAAGUUAUACAUAAUUUAGGACAUGGCUGUUUUCAGUAACCAGGGUUCAUUCGGGUCUCCUCAGCUCCACCUCUUUGUCCAUAUUUGGAGUCAGGGCAGCCAAGAUGUCGACUGACAGAGAAACCUCUGGGUGACGCCAUAAAGACUACUUCCAUUUUUAUUUAUACAGUCUAUACUCAGGAUGCCAUCACUCCACUAUACUGUAUCUUUACAUAGCAAAU